UAAAGUGAAAGUAAUAUACCCAACCUACGUGCAGUGUAGAUCCAGCAAUCCGAAGACUAUUCAUCUCUGCAAUUCCACACUCAAAAUUAUUAACACACAAAGGUAAUUGACAAUAAUCAGAGACCACUGAAGAUUUAGUCGAAAUGAUAGAGAUGAAGUUUCUCGGAAUGGAUUUCACCUGCGCUUUGAGUUCGUUGCAAAGCGGUGAAAUUCCACCAAAAGAUUGCUUGCUUCCGUUAAUAUCAAAGCUAUUGGGUUACUUGAUCGUCGCCGCUUCCACCACCGUUAAACUCCCGCAGAUUCUAAAAAUCUUACAAAACAGUAGUGUCAGAGGGCUUAGUGUUGUGGCGUUUGAACUUGAAGUUGUUGGCUACACAAUUGCCCUGGCAUACUGUCUUCACAAAGGGCUUCCGUUUUCAGCUUAUGGGGAGCUAGCAUUCCUAUUGAUUCAGGCUAUAAUUCUUGUAGCAAUCAUCUAUUACUUUUCUCAACCUCUAGGAAUAAAGACAUGGAUCAGAGGCUUAUUAUACUGUGCAAUAGCUCCAACGGUGUUGGCUGGCAAAAUUGAUCCUAUGCUUUUCGAAGCUCUAUAUGCUUCCCAACAUGCAAUCUUCUUCUGUGCUCGAAUUCCACAAAUUUGGGCAAAUUUCAAGAAUAAGAGCACCGGGGAGCUUAGCUUUUUGACCUCUCUAAUGAAUUUUGCUGGAUCCAUGGUGAGAGUCUUUACCAGUAUGCAGGAAAAGGCACCAAUGAGCGUGGUCCUGGGCUCGGUGAUCGGCAUUGUCACAAAUGGUACGAUCUUAUCGCAGAUAGUUGUGUACCAGAAACCACCUGCAAGGAAAGAGAAGAAAUCCGACUAGGGAAUGAGCAACUUUUUCAGGCAAGUUCGUUGCAUCGUGCCGCGAUUUCUUUAGAUGAUCAUAGACUCUGGUUGCAGAAGAACUACAGUUGUGUGUUUCUAGAAGAUCGACCUUCAGUUUCCAUAGAAUUUCAUUUUACAAUAUCUGGAUUUUGUGAAUUCAUUGCCUUCAAAUAUUGUUGUGAGUUCAAGAAAUAUAAACGCAAAUAUAUUGAUGAAUGGCAUUGAGGUAUCAAGAUGCAUAAUUAA